UGAGUGAUGGGUAGUGGUGAUGACUGAUGAGCUGAGGUGACCUCACCAAAUGGUGAAGUGAUGAACCCUACUGUUAAUUUUAUUUUUUUUUCUCUCUUUGGCUUCUUUAAUUAGUUUGUCAUUUUGUCCUCUCCUAUAUAUACAAAUCCAUGGACACCUCACCGAGCUCGCACAGUGAAGAGGAGAGGAGAGGAGAGAAGAGAGAGAGGUGGGUAGCUGCUAGCUAGCUAGCUAGCUCCGGCCGUCGUCGCCAUGGGCAACAACCUGAGGUGCUGCCUGGCGUGCGUGCUGCCGUGCGGCGCGCUGGACCUGGUCCGGAUCGUGCACCUCAGCGGCCGCGUCGACGAGUACGGCCGCGCGGUGUCCGCCGGCGAGGUGCUGGCGGCGCACCCCAACCACGUGCUGAGCCGGCCGUGCUCGUCGCAGCAGGGGGCGGUGGGGAGGAUCCUCAUCGUGUCGCCGGAGUCGGAGCUGGAGCGCGGCGAGAUCUACUUCCUCAUCCCGGCGGCCUCCGUGCCCGAAGCCAAGAGGAGGACGAGCACCGGCGGCGGCGCCGGCGCCGGAGCGGGACGCGGCCACGUCCGCAGCAAGUCGGAGGGCAGCGCCGUGGGCGCCGAUCGGUUAAGCGGCCUGGGCAGCGCGUCACCGGAGUCGACCAAGACGACGAGGGCGCAGAAACAGCAGCAGCACCAACACCGGCGGCGCAUGAGCACCGGCAGCCAUGCCUCGCCGUGGCAGCCGCACCUCGCGUGCAUCACCGAAGACCCCUGAGCUCUCGCGUUUUUCUCUUUUUCUGAAUUCACAGUGGUUUUGCCUGGUGUGUAAUUAAUUUCCUCUCGUGCGCGGUAAAUAUUUAGUUCGUUUUUUUUACCUCCGUGACGUGCAAAUUUUAAUUUUCGUUCCUCCGCUCGAACUCGAAUUUAUUCUGCAACCAACGCAUGUGUGUUUAAUUUGGCAAACAAAAGCAUUUGCAACUAUCUUUUUUUUUCCCUUUGGGUCAUCACUAGCUAAGCUAAGGCAG